AUGCUUUGCUUUUCGAUCGAUUCACCAGAUUCGUUGGAAAAUGUUCAAUCCAAGUGGGUGGGAGAGAUUGCAGACCACUGUGAGGGUGUCAAGUUGGUGUUGGUGGCUUUGAAAUGUGAUUUGAGAACCAACGAAGAUUCAGACCCAGAGAACAAUGAAGAUGAUGAUCGGUAUAAUCCGUACCGGGCGUCCACCACCAACCCAUAUCAACAACAGAAGCGUCUUAUAUCAUACGACGAAGCAUUGGCGGUGGCAAAGAAGAUUGGAGCGUUGCGUUAUUUGGAAUGUUCCGCAAAGAAAAACCGGGGAGUCAACGAAGCGUUCUCGGAAGCUGCUCGAUGUGCACUUAACGCCAAGCCCAAGGGAGCUAAUGAUGUGCCACAGCAGAAGAAGGGGUGCACGAUAAUGUAG